AUGAUGCUGAGGACACCACCACCUAGAAAACGAAGGGCCGAUUCGAGGCCACCUGAAGAUAGCCCUAACUCCGAUCGCCGUUUGGUCAUCUACGAGGAUCCUACGGCGCCGGAAUCUUCUCAUGAUCAUAUUACUUCCGACCAAAUGCUCUGCACUUACCAAUGUCGUCAAAUGGUUAAGUCAGAGUUUUUUGAUGCCUUAAGCAGUGCAGAGAAACAAGCACAUGAUUAUCAAUCUAAGUUGGAGGAACUGAAUGACAAUUUUUGCAAAACGGAUGCCGAGCGCAAAAAAUUUCGAGAUCAAUUUCUCUAUGCGGAGCAAGAACUUGCUGCUGCUAAAGGAAGGGAACAAGCGCUGCAGGAGCAGCUCUUGAAAGAGUUAAAGCUCCAAAAUGAGAUGAAUCUUCGCAAGAAAGCCGAGUCUUCAGCUGCUUCAGUGGAGGAACAAGCAAGUGUUUUAGAGGGAAAACUGACUCAUCUUUCUGAGAGCACAGAAAGGGAAAAAAGUCGUCUUCAGAAUGAGCUUGCACAACUGAAAAGAGAAUCAAAAUUUUCGGUUUCUAGGAUAGCUGCAGAUCUUGAAAGAAUGGAAUUAAAAGCCAAUAAUGCUGAGAAAGAAUCAGUGUUACUGAAGGAGCAGUUGGAAGAGCUCAGGAACCGGCUUAAUGAGUGCUUGCACCAGAAAAGUGAAAUAGAGAAAAAAUUAUCAAGUCUUACAUCUCAAGACGUUCCUUCGACGGAAACUAAUAUUUUGGUGAAGCAUUUGCAAGAAGAGCUUAGGCACUAUGAGUCUGAAGUUCGUGAAGCGAGAAAAUUAAAAACUACUCGUGAAAAUGUUGAGUUAUUGAAGGAGAAAUUAUUGGAGGAAAAGGGCCGCAAAGAAAGGGCAGAGUCAGAACUACUAGCAUUUUCAGAGAUCCAGUUGAGUGUGAAGAAGCUGGAGGAUGAAUUGUCUGCUUGGAAGUUGAUGAUGAAAGACAUUCCUGGUGUGUCAAGUGCGGAGGAUAUACCCCUUAAGUUUGCAGCUUUACAGAAAGAAGUACUUCAUAAUAUGAUGAAGAUGGGUGAGGCCAAUGCACACUUGAAACAAAUGGAGGUGGCUCUGGAAGCGGCAGAACUAGGUAAACAAAAUGCCGAGUCUGAAGCUGUAUUUGCAAAAGAGAAGGCAGAAUUGUCAAAAUCAGAGGUUAAGAGGAUUGAAUUGAUGGGGUCUCGUGUAAUGAACAUGCACCCUACUUUCUCUGUAAUUUUUUUAGUUGCGUGGGUGCAUGAAAUAGCGUUAUCUGCUUACGAUAAUCUGUUUAGCUGCAGCUUCUCGGUUCAUUUAUCAAAGUUUGAUUAUGCCUGUGCUAUAUUUUAUGAAAUGAUCCAAGAUGAGGAGGUUUGUGGUAACGUCCUCUCAAAUAAUCUGGUUGAGCUGCUUUUUGGGAUAUUAUGGAUGACACUUCAUAAUUCUUCUGGGAUUCUCUGA